AUGGAGCCGGCCCCCGAUGCCGCGGAGGCGCGCGCGGUGCACGAGGCGCUGGGCCGCUACGAGGCGGCGCUGGAGGGUGCGGUGCGCGCGCUGCACGAGGACAUGCAGGGGCUGCAGCGCGGCGUGGAGCGGCGCGUGGCCGAUGCGCUGCGCCUGGCCGGCCCGCUGGCGCGCACCGUAGCGGAGCUGCAGCGCGACAACCAGCGGCUGCAGGCGCAGCUCGAGCGCUUGACGCGCCAGGUGGAGGCACUGGGCUUGGCGACCGGGCUGUCCCCCGCGCCCGGCACCCCAGGCACGCCCAGCCCUCCGCUGGCGCCAAGCGUCCCAGACCACGCGCCCCGCCUGGGCUCCGCACGCUUCGCCAGCCACGCCACCUUCUCGCUUUCGGGCCGUGGCCAGAGUGUGGAGCAUCAGGAUGAAGCCAGCGAGUCGGAGAUGAGAAGGACCUCGAACUUGGGCAUCAUCGAGAACGGGCACCAGCCAGGGGCAGGUCCAGGUGAUGGACCCCCUGACGCUGCCCAGACCUUCUCGGCACCUGAGCUCCCCAAGCCUCGCCCCAUGAGCCUCUCCUUGGGGCUGCCCCACCAGCCGGUCACGGCCGUCACGCGGGUCUCUGAGAGGUUCUCUGGAGAGACCUCAGCCACAGCUCUGUCGCCCACGUCGGCUGCCAUCCUGGGGGCGCUCAGCUUGAGCCCCAGUGAGGCACCCACAUCCUGGUCUCCCAGCCCCAGUGAGAAGACUUCUCUCCCGCGGUCUUUGUUGGGCUCUGGCUAUGGGGCAGUGACAGCAGGCAGGAACCAUGACAGCCCACCUCUGGUGACCCCGCCCCAGUCGUCCCCACCCUCACAGCUGCCAGCCUCCACUCAGGCCCAUCGCCCCGGGGAGAGCCGCAGGGAGCUGGUGAGGUCGCAGACGCUGCCCCGGACCUCCAGUGCGCAGGCCCGGAAGGCCUUGUUUGAGAAGUGGGAGCAGGAUACAGUGGGCAAGGGGCGGGGCGAGGCCCGGGCCAAGCUCAAGCGGUCCCAGAGCUUCGGGGUGGCCAGCGCCAGCAGCAUCAAGCAGAUCCUGCUCGAGUGGUGUCGCAACAAGACUCUUGGCUACCAGCACGUGGACCUGCAGAACUUCUCCUCCAGCUGGAGUGACGGGAUGGCCUUCUGUGCCCUGGUGCAUUCAUUCUUCCCCGACGCCUUUGACUACAGCGCCCUGAGCCCCACGCAGCGGCAGAAGAACUUUGAGCUGGCCUUCACCAUGGCUGAGAACCUGGCCAGCUGCGAGCGCCUCAUCGAGGUGGAGGAUAUGAUGGUGAUGGGCCGCAGGCCGGACCCCAUGUGCGUCUUCACGUACGUCCAGUCGCUGUACAACCACCUGCGCCGCUUUGAGUGAAGCUCCGUGGGCCCGGAGAGCCGCACAGCAAGCCCGGGAGGAGACCGUGGGGCCGCUGUGUCCCCGAGUCCCGGUGGCCGCGGGGCGCUGCGUUCCGGGGUGCGCGC